CGAUGGAGAGUCGCUCUAGCGCUUCAGUGUUCAGCGGAAAAGAUGCGAAGAAGACACUGUUCCUGAGCGCUGUGCAACUACGUUCAGCUGAUGUUUUGACAUGGUUUUUCAGUCAUAAUGUUUGAUUAAGUGGUAGUUAAAAAUAAACAUUUACCGUGAACUAUCGUUAAAAUAGGCUACAAAUACGUUUUAAACAUUUUAAUGGCAUUUCGUUAGAGAAAAUAACAGGACUUAGCGUAUAGGCUAACGUAAACAACGUCUUACGCAACUGGACUUUACAUCACUGUAAAAGAACAGUUUCUCCUAUUAAAAUAGAAAUAUGACAGAGUCCAAAGAGAAAGCUUUGAGUCUGAAGUCUGAUGUUACUACAGUCGCUGUCAGGAAUCAUGUGAAAGAGACUAAGAAACCGAAGAAGAUUAUCGAUGAAGAUGAAUAUAUCGAGAGUUUGGAGAAGAUCAUCCAGAGGGACUUUUUCCAAGAUGUCUCCAAACUUCAAGCACAGAAGGAUUAUCUGGAGGCGGAGGAGAGCGGAGAUCUGGAGCGGAUGAGGGAGAUUGCCAUCAAAUACGGGUCUGCGAUGGCUAAAUACACCCCACGCACCUAUGUGCCCUACACGACUCCUUCAACAUUUGAGACCCCAGAUGGUGGAAGUGCAUCUCCCUCAUGUUCACAGAGCAAACACAGAGCAACGAAAGAGGAUGGAAAAGAAGGUGAAAAAGCAGAGGAAAAGGAUCUUCCAUCUCUGGACCGCUUUCUUGCUAAAAACACGAGUGAGGACAAUGCAUCCUUUGAGCAGAUAAUGGAGCUUGUGGAGGACAAGGACAAGCUGAGGCAUGCGUGGCUUUAUGAGGCAGAAAAUGAAUAUAAUGAGAGGCAUGAGCAGAACCUCGCUUUACCGUCCACAGAGAAACAGGCGCUUGAGUGCACCAAGGCAGGAGUGGAAACAUGGCAGUACAAGGCCAAAAAUGCACUCAUGUACUACCCUGAAGGUGAAAAAGACGACACGCUGUUCAAGACGCCACGGGAGGUCCUGUACAAGAACACACGGUUUAAUGUUGACCCCUUCUGUAAAGCGCUGAACAAAUCCCAAAUCCAGCAAGCUGCUGCGCUCAAUGCACAGUUUAAACAAGGUAAGGUUGGUCCAGAUGGCAAAGAGCUCCUGCCUCACGAAUCCCCCAAAGUAAAUGGUUAUGGAUUUGAGGGAAAAGCCUCCCCUGCUCCUGGUGUUGCAGAGUCUCCUCUGAUGACGUGGGGUGAGAUCGAAAGCACUCCAUUUCGUCUGGACGGCUCAGACACACCACUCGUGGAGAGAAGUCAUGGUCCAUCGUUCAAGAUUCCAGUGCCUGGGAGAAGAGAGCGGUUGGGUCUGAAAAUGGCCAAUGAGGCUGCGGCAAAAAACAGAGCUAAGAAACAGGAGGCGCUGCGCAAAGUCACUGAAAACCUCGCAAGCCUUACUCCGAAGGGACUGAGUCCCGCAGCGCUGUCUCCUGCCCUUCAGCGUCUAGUAAACAGAUCGUCCAGCAAAUACACAGAUAAAGCCCUGAGGGCGAGCUACACCCCGUCACCUGCGCACAGGAUCAUGGGCUCUAAGACUCCUCUCGGAGGCCCAGCCACUCCCUCCAUCACACCAACACCUGGGAAAGCCAGAACACCGGCCACACAGGACCCGGCCUCCAUCACAGACAACCUCCUCCAGCUGCCCAAGAGGAGGAAAGCCUCAGAUUACUUCUGAAACAAAAGACUGAACAAAAACUCUAACGUGGUCACAUAUUUAUUGUUUUGUUUUUUUUUUACUAAUUUU